AUGCACCGCACUCAUCCUCACUUUGAUUCUCUUCGCUUUCAUCACCUACCAUAUCCUGGCCGACGAGCUGACCCUACGCUCGUUAUUCUUUCCCGGAGAGAUCGUCGGGAUUGGCUUGGGAACUUUCACAUUAAUCCAGAUUCGCACGACCAAAGGAUCGACCUCUCAGGCAGAAUCUGGGAUAUUGGGCGAUUCGGCGCCUUCGUCUUUAACCUCGGUUUCUAUCUAUGGCUAAUUGAUGGAUGGAUCCGUGAUUCCCUGAGGAGUGCCGGAGCGUAG